CCUAUGGAACAGCCUACAACUUCAACUUCCUAUGGCUACCACAUCACGAGCCUCAAAGUCUAGAGGCAGACAGAUGGACCACAAGCACGCACACGGCACUAGCUGGACCGACAUUCCAUUCACUGCCGGCUCCCUCCGUAGACUACACCAUGGAAUUCGAACAACAGUCUCAUUUUCCAACUUCGGACAAGUCUCCACUGUAUCCGCAUGGCUUACUCCACAACUUGCAUAGUCGAGAUCGUUUCUCGCGAUGCAGGAUCGACAAUUCGGUGCGUCUGUCGACGAUAACUUGACCAAUUUACUAGGCUUUCGGCCCAUCGUGCUUUACGACACUCGAGUUGACACGAUUGACGAAUCGUUGACUCUGUCCCGAUCAAGGAAGGAGCAGCAGCUUCCCCACUUCUCCACGCUCUCCAGUCACGAACUCGACGAACUCGACGCCGAGCGUUCCUCAUGCGCAUCACCACAGGACCACCAGCAAACGAAGACCCCCACCGAGUCAUACCCUCCACCACGGGAGCGAGGAUUUGCUGUAGGUGACGCGAUGUUCAACUACCGAGCACUUGGCAGUUUACGCACCGGACUUGCCCCCAUAGCGCUACUCAGUCGAUGGCACGCCGGACUUGCAGUCACCGCCUUCGCAUCAGGAGCGACAGUCGCCGUUAUGCACUCUGCAUAUCGUCCGCUGUUAAUUUCGACGCUGAAUGACCAUUUUAAGAGGAAGUAUGACCAAGGAACGGCUUUACUGGAUUGGGGCGAGAUUCUGUCGGUAUUCCUCGGACUCUUUUCGGACUGUGUUCCGAUAUACGGAACUCGACGUAAGGCCUAUAUCGCUCUUGGAUGGAUACUCAGUGCAUUGAGUUAUGGCAGCGUGUACGCGAUUCACUUGCGUGAAAUUCAUGGCGUUAAACAGCCUGGCCCAUUGUUCGGACGUUUGUUGGAGCUGUGGAGUAUCGUAGGUAGCUUUGCACUUCAGUUGUCGUGGGUGGCUGCAUUAGCGUCGAUCGUGGGGUUUGGACAACGAGAGGCUCUAAGUGAACGCGGUGGAUUGGCCACGUUGUUUUUAAUUAUUUGGCAAACAGGGGCAUUCACCGCUCACUUCGUUGUUGCAGAAUUCCAACCGAGACUUACACUAUUAAACACUAGCGCUGGCAUCGCGAUAACAUCGUUGGUUGUACUCCCUUUCGUGUUGUGCUUUUUACACGAAGACGACGAGCAGGAGUCAGCGACGACGCUAUCGACGAAGCGAGUCGGAGUAUUACCGGCGCUGCGUACGGGAGUUAGUCAGCUAUGGGAGGUUUGUCAGGAGAAAGUGACUUAUCGUGUACUGUUGUUCUUGUUGGUAUACGGAGUAUUGCUCAGGGCUUGUGACCCGGAAGUGGACAACGCUCUGGCAAGUUGGAGUGACUUUGAGGACACAGAUCCGUGGGUACUCGUGAUAAUGAGCGGCGUGGGAGUUGUUGCAUUGAUUCAAGCGAAAUGGAGACUACUGAAUACUGCGUGGCGGCCGUUGGCCUUCAUUGGUGUCGGGAUUGUAGUCCUUGCUGCUGUUGUACGAGCAACGAUUAUUACGACGGAUACUGUCCAUUCUAACUGGUUCUUCUCGAUCUUUACGGGGCUCAUGGUGUGGCCAAGGAUGUGGAUUUUACUGUUUACAGUACUGACGACUACGGAGAUAGCGCAUGUGGGUUGUGAGGGCGUCACUAUGGGUCUUGUACUCUCGGGCCAAGGACUCGGCAACUCGGUACUGAAUGCAGUCACAAGAUGGAUCAGUGAUGCCACGAAUACUCGAAUUACUCAGAGUCUGAUUGACGAAGACUCACGCAGCAUUCGAGUUCGUGUUCUGUUCGUAGCGGUUGCUUACGCUGCCGUCAAUUUAUUCGCUGCAGCUUCGGUACUAUGGCUCCCACGUUGCAAGCUUGAGGCUCAACAGCUCCGUGCUUUCGGAGGUUAUAGCAGGAAAGGUGCCGCAUUGAUCGUGGCGCUGUUUGUAGUACUACUAGCGCUCGUCAUCACUACAAAUUUUCACAUAGUUUAGAGACUAAAGACUCUCACUCUCGUAGAAGAGAGUACUAAUCCAAUAUUAUUUUUUUUGCAGCUUCA